AUGAUCCGUCGCAACUCAGAUAUCGAGGUUCAGCUCCCUGGUGCUGCAGGUACUGCGGAUUCUGUAAACGAGGCAGACAUAGAAAUGCUGUCAGGGGAGCAAGCACCACCGCUGAGCCUACCCACCCGCCUCGCCACUCGUUUCUCUCGAAAGCCGAGUGUGGCUCGACGCUCCUCUGCUGCCUCCUCUCGUCGAAGUUCGAUCUCAUCGCUACACUCACACCACUCGAGUGCUUCAUCUCAUGGCGCGUCUCCCACCGAUAAUAUCGCGCAACAUCUCCGGCGGACUUCCAUUCUUGAGAGCCGGAAAGCGAGGCUCGCAGACCGUGCUCUGCAUGCGGAGAAGGUGAGGCUUCGCGCCGCCCUUAGUAAAGCCGCCUCCAGGAACUUGCAAAGGGAAGAGAGAGCCCUGGCUGCUCAGCAAGCGCGGGAGCGACUGCUGGCGGAGAUAACCGCCAAGUGUGAAGAGGAAGUUCGUCGCGCGAAGAAGAAGGCUGAAGAUAACCGGGAGAGGAAAGCGGCAGAGCAUGCCAGACUUCGCUUAGAAAUUGCAGAGAAGUUUGCGGAGGUCGAAAAGCGGCGUGUAAUCUAUCAGCAAAGUCAUCGACGCUACCGCACAAGCAGCUUACCUACUAGCGAAGAGAAAAAGAUGGCCAAGGUGGUCAGCAGCUCACUCACGCAGGAUGCAGCCGCGAGGACUAUCCAGCGAAUAUGGAGGACCUACCAUACCAGGAGGGUUAUGCAAGAGUUUCGAACGCUAGAUUUGACAGCCAACCGCAUUCGACAUAUGGAUUUUGAGGAUGUUGGAGCCCUGCUUUCGGAAAAUACAGUCCUGACCUUAACGGCUCGUGUCCUUCAACUUUGCGGCCUACAAGAUAUGGAAAGCGGUACAAUGGGCGGAAGGGGUGCCGUGCGCACAUUUCUCAGCAGUUACUUAAUCGUAACUCAUCCCGCUGAAGUGCUGAGCAGCAACGGCGAACAGGAGCAGGAUCUGAUUGCAAAAGCUCGUGAGCUUAUUCAAGCGUUUGAACAAGCCAUGCCUCUGCUUUUGUCUGGCUACCGCUCGACGCCGGCCAAUUCUACAGAGCUUCAGACAGUGUGCGAGGCUUACAAUGUCUUCUUUUCUGCCUUCCAUGCUUGGAAGACUCAUGACUCUAGCGUCCUGAUCGAAAUCAUGCUGGCUCAAUUUGUUGAGCUGGAGCUUAUCUGGCAAACGGUCAAGAAUGAUCGAGCUGGUGGUGUGGCAGAUGAUUAUCGUCAGGGCAUCAGGCAAAACCAGAUCCUGCUUCUCGCCCGGCUGAAGCGCCUAGCUGGCUCUGAAAGAGCAAUGCAGAUGGUACGAGAUGCUUUGAAGAAGGCUAAGCGCGAGACGAAACGUAUUGCCUCCAGGCAAGCCAUUCCACGGUCGGCGGAGGUCGCGCCUUCAUCGACAGAAACGCACACUGAGAGUGCUACGUCUCCUAUUAGCGACACUUUUAACAAUGUGGAGAGUACUGUUUUGCGGGAGUUGGAAAGGCAGCGAAUCUCCCCGCAUGAACGCUUCACAAAGAUUCUAACUGCACUUCCGGAGAACCGUGCUUUGGUGCACGAACUUCUCAUCAAUAAGGAGUUCAAGAUUGAGGAAACACAGUAUACGGAGCCGCGUAAACAACUUAUGAAUCAUAUGUGCGAUAUGAUGCGCAGAGAUGUAGAUGCUGGGCUAGGCACGAGCUGGACUGUGGCUAUGGCCACAGUAAUUCAGGAUCGAUUGCUACGUUCGCUCCGCCCGGGCAAUUCGCUUCAUGUGCUGAUUAGCGAAGUGCUCGAUCCAAAGUUGGUUGAAAAUCAAUGUAAUGUUGGUGCUUUCUCUUACGCUAGCUUUUUCGACUUCAUGAACACCAUUCUACCGAAGCUUUGUGCUCCUUACCGGGAUCCUAUAGUGAAGGCUUUUACGGAAGACACUUCAGGAGAUGCGAUUGAUCGUUUGGCGAGGUUGAUGGGUAUAAUCGACUUGCUGUCCCUCGAUCAUACGAACUUUAUGAUCCAACUUGCUGCCCCUCAACUUAUCCAAGAGGCGCCUGGGUAUGAACAGAGAACCUUCGAGAAGGGCCUCCGUGACGGAUCCUUGAGCUUGAAGAAAGCUAGGCUUUUCUGGCGAACACAUCACAAAAUACUCGCAGAUGAAAUCCGGAAGCGUGAUCCGGAGAAUAUCAAUGGGGAGCCUCAGCCGUCGACCUCGAAGAUUUAUGCACAAGGCCUUGUGGAUCUUGUUUUGAGCAAUGCACCCGUGUCUGACGAUCUAGUUCCUGAAACCUUAGAGCUAGACCGCCAACGCCUGGAGAGACUGCACGCGCAAGCAUUCAAAAUCGUGGCCACUGCGUCUAUUUUACUGGCAGCUAAGAAUUUACUCAAGCGUGACGUGCGAUCACAGUGGAAAGCUGAAGCGGAUCGUAUUAUGUCUCUGCAUUUUGGUGAUAUUGAACCUAGUCGAGUACAGUCGAUUCUGGAGUCAACGCACCCAAUGCCUUCUAAUGCCAGCGCUCAACUUGCGGCGACCAUCCGGCGGGUACUGGCACCGGCCGCCAAAGCUGAGGCUGGUACGGCCAGCUUCGCAGACCCUGUUGCGCGGCUCAUUCUUACGCGUUUGCGCGCCCAUAUUCUCUCUCGCCUUAGUGCUUCAAGUGCGGCCGAGAGGAUUCGAACUACUACGACGGCCAGCCAGUGUUUGGCCGGUGCAGGAAUGCCCGAGUUCGUUAACGAGGUUGGCAAGUUGACUGAAGAGCUGGAAAAAGUGCGUGAAGUAGACUGGCUGUGCCAUGAUAUGGUCUAUGAGCGAAUACUAGGAGAGGGCAUUUCGACAGAUCCUAGGCCUUGA